CGCCCUUCUGGAGGUAGAAGAAAGGUGAGCUAUUUAGUGACAAGUGCCAGGUAUAAAAAUUCCACGCACCACAGCACUGCAGCAGAAAAGUCCUCUUCCUCCUCCUCUCAACAUGAGCGCGCCAUACUAUCAAGGGUUCGGAGUUGCCGCAGGUUCAGAUGAAAGGAGGAUUGUUUUGGUCGGGAAGACCGGAGUGGGAAAGAGCGCAGCAGGAAACACUAUCCUGGGGAGAGAAGCGUUUGAGUCUGAGCUUUCUCCAUCUUCCAUGACUUCAGAAUGCCAAAAAGCUAAGGGGGAGGUUGGAGGUCGAAAGGUCGCCAUCAUCGACACUCCAGGGCUGUUUGACACUAACUUCACUCAAGAAGAAGUGUUGAAGAGGAUCAAGAUGUGCGUAUCUCUGUCUGCUCCUGGGCCUCAUGCCUUCCUGGUGGUUCUACAGCUCGGCAGGUUCACCAAGGAGGAGCAGGACACCGUCAAGAUGAUUCAGACCACUUUUGGUGAAGAUGCAGCCAAAUACACGAUGGUGUUGUUCACCCAUGGAGACCAGCUCAGCAAGAAGCAAACCAUAGAGGGAUUCAUUUCAGAGAGUCCUGGCCUGCAGGCCCUCAUUAGAAUGUGCUACCAUAGAUACCAUGUCUUCAACAACGAAAUCAAGGACCCUGAUCAAACCAGUCGGUUCCUGGACAAAAUUGACAAGAUGACCAUGGCUAACAAUGGAAGCUUCUACACCAACGAAAUGUUCCUGAAAGCAGAGGCAGCCAUAGAGAAGGAGACGCAGCGACUGUUGAAGGAGUUGGAAGAAAAGAAGCAGAGAGAGCUGGAAGAGCUGAGGGCCAAAUAUGCGGAAAGGGCCUACCAAAGGGCAGAGAAGCAGGUGCAUAUAAGAUACCAUUAUGAAGCCAGAGCUCGGGCUGAACGAUCCAAUGACUUCGUCGCUGCACCGGCUAUAGCGAUAGCAACAGCCUGUGGUGCUGCUGUCGGGGGUGUGCUUGGAAUUGCAGGAGGGCCAGUCGGUAUCGUGAUUGGGGUCGCAGCUGGAGCAGCUGUUGGAGCAGCCGUCGGCGCCAUAUCAGUAAGGGUGUCAGAACGCUGCCAUGUGCAAUAAGAGCCGAAGAGCAUACAAGGAUUCAAAGUUCAAAAACACAUCCAUCUUUCACAUCAGCAUGGAAUGCCUAUUGUUCCCAAAACCCCCAACAGUCUUCACAAUGUCCCCUCUGACCAAAAGCCUAUUUGUCCCAAAGUGCGUUACCCUUGUAAUAAAUACACAUUUCUCUGAAGGCCCAUUGCCCACAAAAAAUGCACCCUGCAUGAUAUUGGCCGAUACUUUCUUAGCAUCGCAGUGGCUCCCUCUGAAAACCAAUUGAUGGAAUUUUUCUUUAGGAUUUUUGGAAUAUAAUAGUAAGAAAAACAGAAACAUGAACAUCAUUAAUGAAUGCGAUUUUAUAAUUUUUGAAGCAUUAAUUAUAUCGCCAGAACAACUGAGCUAAAGGUGGAAUUUUUAGACACGUAAAAGCUUCAAAAUUCACAAGGAGUGUAAUUAACAGGUUAAAAUGUCUUAAGCUUGAGCUAUAUUUUCAGUCAGUUAACCAAAAACUCAUUGACUUUGAGAUAGAGAAACUGGAAGUCGUUUCCACGUUUUAAGACUCAUUCGUGCACCACUCAACCCCAGAUGUAGGAUGUGAUGCAGGUGGACAACAGCCUGGUGUCCUGGAUCAUAGUCUGUCUCACCAGCAGGCCUCACAACGUCAGACUGCAGGACGGUUUUCCGACGACUACUCCAUCGUCAGAUCCAUCACAGAUGACAACGAGGGGAGUGCAGGGCCCUUGUGAAGCGUUUUGUAGGCUAGUGUGAGAACAAUCACCUCCAGCUCAACAUCAGCACGACCAAGGAGCUGGUGGUGAACUUCAGGAGGAGCACGAAGAGGCCUCUAACCCCCAUCUCCAUCAGGAGGGAGGAGGUGGAAGUUCCUGAGAGAGUACUUGAACAAUAAUCUGGACACUGAUGCUCUCUUCAGGAAAGGACAGAGCAAGCUGGCAGCACGAGGCUGCUGCAGAUGUUCUACCAGUCUGUGGGGGCCAGGGUGCUCCUCCUCUCCCUUGGGUUCUGGGGCUUAAAAUGAACAAAAAGGGACGCUGAAAGGCUGAAAAAGCUUGUAAAGCAGGCUCGCUCUGAUGUUGAAGUAAUCUGGACAAUCUGGAGGAGGUGGCCGAGGGGAGGACAGCUCCCACCCCCUCCAUGCAAGAGCUAGGGAAGAUGAGGACUCAUCCGUCAGUGUCCCGGAUAAUUCUGGAUGCCAGUAGCCUUCUAAUCCAGGGUUAACCAGUCACUCAUGUGGUACAACCUGCACUGUAUGCACAUGUGAAUACCACUCAGUUGCACCUGCACAUAGACAUGUAUAUAUAUAUGUUUAAACAUCUUCAUAUUUGGUAAAUACGUAAAUUAUGCUACUCAGUGUUCUACCUUAUGUUAGUGUUGUCAUCCAUAUCCAUACUGUUGAUUGCUCCUCUGGUCCUUGUGUAACUCAUAUAUGUUGCUCUGACACCUGUUAGUCCCUACAUUGAUUAAUAAAGUUAUUUCUGAUCUUA